GAAGAAGGAACAUAGAUUUUCCCUUCUGGACCGCCCGGCGGAGCAGGUUCCUCCACAGUGGCGGCACGGAUGUCCUCGUCAAUAUUCCAGAGGAGGGGACAGACGAAGAGAGUAGGAGAGAGUAUGGGCUCGCAUUCUUCCGGUUGGGGAUCAGGUGCAUGCAUCCGGGAGAGUGCAUCCGCCUUUGUGUUUUUAUACCCUGGACGAUAGGUGACCGUGAACCGGAAGCGAGUAAAGAAGAGAGCCCAGCGAGCUUGUCUAGGGUUCAGACGUUUUGCAUCCCUGAGGUACUGGAGGUUCUUAUGGUCCGUAAUAACCUCGAAGGGAUGGACAGCUCCCUCCAACCAGUGCCACCACUCCUCCAAGGCCAGCUUGAUAGCUAAUAGUUCCCGGUUGCCGAUGUCAUAGUUUUGCUCCGCCGGGGUCAGCUUUUUUGAGAAGAACACACAUGGACGGAGUGCCAGGGGUUCACCUCCCCGUUGAGACAGCACCGCUCCUACUCCGACAGCUGAGGCAUCCAUCUCCACCACGAAAGGUCGGCUGGGAUCGGGGUGUAGAAGGAUUGGUGCGGAACAGAAGGCGGCUUUUAACUUCUGGAAGGCUUCGACCGCGGAAGUCGUCCAGCAUAGCGCUUUAGGCUGGUUGUGCAACAGUGAGGUGAGGGGUGCAGUGUGUUGGCUGUAGCCUGCGAUGACGCGGCGGUAGAAGUUCGCGAACCCCAGGUAGCGUUGAAGAUCCUUGAUGGUUUGGGGUUGCGGCCAGGUCUUCACCGCUUCCACUUUGGACUGGUCCAUUUUGAUGCCCUCUGAGGAGAUGACGUAGCCAAGGAAGUGAAUGAUGGGCUGGUGGAACUCGCAUUUCUCUAGUUUCAAGUAGAGGUGGUGACAGCGGAGACACUCGAGUACCUGCCGAACGUGGCGAACAUGCUCCAGCCGGCUCGAGGAGUAGAUUAAGAUGUCAUCGAUAUAUACAAUGACGAACCGGUGGAGCAUGUCCUGAAAAAUUUCAUUCAUGAAAUUUUGGAACACCGACGGGGCAUUGGAGAGUCCAUACGGCAUGACAAGGUACUCAUAGUGUCCAGAUGGUGUGAUGAACGCCGUCUUCCACUCAUCACCUCACCGAAUACGGAUUAGAUUGUAGGCGCCCUGUAAAUCGAGCUUGGUGAAGAUGUGAGCUCCACGUAGUGCUUCGAGGGCCGCUGGGACCAGUGGUAAGGGGUAGGCGAACUUCACCGUUUGCGCGUUCAGACUCCGGUAGUCAAUGCACGGUCGAAGCCCACCGUCCUUUUUGAGAAGAAGAAGCUGGAAGCUGCUGGGGAAGUGGAUGGGCGUAUGAAUCCCUGGCAGAGCGCCUCCUGAAUGUACUCCUCCAUCGCUUUUUGCUCCGGGACGGACAGAGGGUAAAUCCGACCCUUGGGCAGUUUAGUGUCGGGCAGGAGAUCCAAUGCACAGUCCCAUGAUCGAUGUGGGGGCAGUUUUGUUGCUGCGGCUUUACUAAAUACGUCCUGGUAGCCCCUAUACUCUCCUGGGAGUUCCACUUCGGUAUACUGCUGCGGGCUCUUGAUGCUCGUAGAUCCGAGGAGGGCUGUUUUGGGAGCCGGGAUGGGGAGUGCUUUCAUACACGCUCGAAGACAGUGGUCACUCCAUUGGGUGAUACUCCCCGUGCUCCAACAGAUGUUGGGCUGGUGCUGCGCCAGCCAGGGGCGUCCCAGGACGACAUCCACUCGGGACUCCUCCAGCACCAGGAGAGAUAUCGUCUCCUCAUGCAGGCAUCCAAUGUGGAGAGUCAGUUCAGGGGUUAGCCACUGCACCAGACCGAGCCCCAGCAGUUUCCCUUGAAUCGUAGUAAUCUGGUAGCCCGAGUCGAACAACACCGUUACUGAAUAAUGGUGAGAACAAUGAAUGAGUAUAGCAUCAUGAUAGCGGGGAUUGCAGAAUAUAGAACUUAGUUGGAGUGUACUCACCGCUGGGCGCGUGGGACGGACUGGACAGGUCUGGAGUGGGUGGCCCGACUCUCCGCAAUAUACACACAAACCUUGACGAAGGCGGCGAUUGCGUUCGCUACGAGACAGGUGGAGUUCCUCCAUCAAGAUUGGUUUCUGUGCUGGGGAGUUCUAGCGGGGUGAGGUAUCGGGAUGGUCACUCUGCUCUACGACGAUCGCGGCCAGGUGUUGUGAAACACUCUGUGCCUUAAGCAUAAAGGGUUCCAGGCCAACGGUGUCGUCGUAUAACGCCAUCUGCCGUUGGAUCGCCGGCCGUAAGCCCCAUCGGUAGGCCGCGAGUAGCGCCGCCUCAUUCCAGCCACUAGAUGCCUCAAGCGUGCGGAAAUGAAGCGUGUACUCACAAGUGGAGCGGUUGGCUUGCCGUAGACGGAAUAACUCCUCAUGCACGGAGAGGGCAGCUGAGCUGGCUCCAAAGACUUCCUUAAAGUGGGUCCAAAAAGGAGUCCAGGGAGUCGAGUGCUGGGCUCUUUGAUGCCCAUUAUGCUUCCACCCAGCGCUGAGCGUCUCCAGUCAGUAGCGAACGCAUGAACGCAUGAAUGAACGCGGUCUUCGAGCGGUCGCUGGAAAACUGGUGGGGGAGAGCAUCAAAGUAUAGUUGGCAUUGCAUCAUAAAGCCCGGAUAUUCAGAUACCUCACCCGCGUAUACCAUUGGUACAGCCAUGGGGCAGACAGGAGCGGCCGCAGAACGAACUGUGUUACAUAGGGAAGCCGCCAAUCCAGCCAUCGGGUCCGAGACGGGAGGUAUGCCGAGUUGCAUCACGGAGGUAGGUGCUUCCUCACUUCCUUCCAUUAUGGGCGAGUAUUCUGUCACAAUCACACACGGAAACAGAGAGCGGGUCCAACACGGCUUUAAUAACUAAGGCAGGGAAAAAGGCAAAACGACGAAAGGAAAUAUUCAACCUGAAAAUACUGGAGCAGUAACUCGGUACUCUAGCUACCACAGUCUUAAUACUCGCCACAGACGCUGGCGAGUGAGGGCUUUAAAUAGGCGCCGGGAAAUUGGGUGCAGGUGGAGCGAUCAGUAAUCAGGGGAAUGAGAGCGAGGAAGUGCUGCUGGGGCUGGCAUGCCCGUUACAACGCCCCUUGAUGAGCCAGAGGGGGUGGAGUUUAAACAAAGUCAGUAUAAAUGUUUUUUGUUCCUUGUUCCUGCCUUCAAAACAGAAGAGUCUCCUACUCCUUCCUAAGAAGCUUACUCUGGAACUGCAGACUGAAGUUUUAAACAAAGAUGACAUCACUAACAAAUAGAGGAAUACCUUUAAGCUUGAUUAAUCCACGGUUUCUGCACUCAAACUCUACUAGCCACACCUGGCCCUUCAGUGCUGUAGCAGGAUUGAUUGACAAUGCUUAUGAUGUCAGUGCAAAACAACUCUGGAUUGAAAAAAGAGUGUUCAAACACACAGACUGCCUCAUCUUCCUGGAUAAUGGACAAGGCAUGGACUAUGACAAGAUGCACAAAAUGCUCAGUUUUGGCUUCAGUGAUAAGUCGGUAAAAGGCCAUGCUCCAGUCGGUCUUUAUGGUAAUGGUUUUAAGUCAGGCUCCAUGCGCUUGGGGAAAGACGCCAUCGUGUUCUCAAAGCAAGCUGACCCCAUGUGUGUGGGUCUCCUGUCACAGACUUACCUCGAGAGGACAGGAGCACAGAAUGUCGUAGUGCCUAUUGUCAUGUUAAGCAACUCAAGUGGAACCCGUAUCAUCAUCUGGAACCUACGCACAAAAUCUUCAGGAGAAUUAGAAUUUGAUUUCAUGAAGGACCCCAAAGACAUUCGGAUCCUUGAUGAUGUGUACAAGACAUUCAGGGAGCCAAACAAGCAUCAGGGUCAGGAAAGCAAGUCAGUGCCUGAGAGUGACUAUUCACUGCGGGCGUACUGUAGUAUCCUGUACCUGAAUCCAAGAAUGGAAAUUAUCCUUCAAGGGCAGAAGGUGGAAACUCAGUCUAUCACAACAACUCUAGCAAAGGCCCGUACGGACACAUACAAACCUGAUUGUGUGAAAAAGGGACUAACAAUCACAUUUGGCUACAACAAAAAGAGCAUGGAGCACUAUGGACUGAUGAUGUACCACCAAAACCGUCUCAUCAAAGCCUAUGUGCGUGUCCCCUGUCAGCGCAAGAACAACAAUACAGGACAAGGAGUUAUCGGGGUUAUAGAGUGUAACCACCUCAAACCAACUCACAAUAAACAGGACUUUGAUGAUACUCAGGAGUACAGGAACACUAUGAAGAAUCUAAAUAAAAAACUUGAGCAAUAUUGGAGGGCCGUCUCUUAUAGUUAUCAAGCCUUUAAACCUGCGGAGAAUACUGAUGAGAGAGCUGAGAAGCUGCAGCAGGAUAAGAGAGAGCAGAUCCCUGUGAUUCCAAGGCCAUCCAUGCCAGUGACACCCAGACCUUCUGAUGAUACAUCUGUUUUCAUUCCUGACAAAACUCUCUCUACUACUCCUAAACGGAAAGAAAAAGCCCUGGACCCAAGUCAAGAGAAACCAAAGAAAAAAACUAGAAUAAAAGAUUUUCCUGCCAUAAUCAGUCCUGUUAGUGAACCUAAUACAGCAGACUGUAAAGAUUUUAAAACAGCACUGAAGGAUAACAGUGCUGUGACGGACCUGUGCAUGAUGAGGGAAGAGAGCAGUAAAAUCACAAAGUCCGGUUUUGAGGACCAGCAGAAUAUCAAAGUGCUGUACCUGCAGGCCAUGGAUACCAUGAGGCAGCUCCAAGAUAAGCUAAGAGAGCUGAAACAAGUGCUGAAGACAGAGGAAGUGGACAAAAAGAUGGACAGUCUACAAUAUGAGAAGUGGACAAACUGCUGUGAGAGCCUGCAGAAAGAUUUAGAAGAAAUUAAGAUAGAAAGUGAAAAGGUGAAGGUAACUGAUGAAGAUUUUAUGGAAUGUGAAGGAAAAGGCAAUCGCACAAUAUCUACACAGCACUCUAACACCAAAUAUCACACAGAAGCCACAGAUGUAUUCACCCCUGAAUUACUUCAACACUGUGCUGACAGUGGUGCAUACAGGUUUCUGUGCUCUCAUGCUGGUGUGUUUCCUUGUAAACUGACCAACAUUUCGUUUGACAUGAAAAGGAGUGGGGAAGUGCUGUACACAGUAGAGUCCUGGGAUAACAGUCAGUUGCAGGGCAUGGGCCAGUUCAAGCCUGCCGGACCCCUGUAUAACAUUGACUGCUCUGAAGAUUCAAUUCUUUAUCUGCACCUUCCACACUGUGAGAUACACACCGAUAAAAAUAAGCUUGAACUGGCUGUGGCACAUUUCAGUGAGGAUAAUGUGGAGAUCAUUCAGCCCCUGAAUAUAACAAGCACACAUGUGAUCUUUGAAGUUCACGGUCUCUCCAUCUUUGGCCUGUUAAAAAAAUGGAUCUUCUCGGAAAACCCCAUCAGUGCCCAAGUCCUUCUGUUCUACAAAGAAAUUAUUGGAAACGAAAGGCGGAGAAAACUACACAUUCAUUUGUUGCCAGGAAAUGUGCCAGUUGAUAAGGUACAGGAACAACAUCAGUGCAACACAUACAUUCAGUGCAGCUCCAUAUGUACACUGACCCCUGGUAAAAAAUACAGACCACACUGUGAGCCUUAUGUAUCCCAGCCAAAGGUUGAGAGAUUUGGUUGUGACUUUGGCCCUAACUAUCACCCCACAUUUGAGGUGAUCCUUAAUGCUGAGGUUGAAAACCUCACAUUGGGUCUGUUGGAUGAAACUGACCAGGAGGUGUGGGAACCUCGUCAGGUCUUUCUUACAGAUGAGAGUAGAGAAGCAGUUCCAGUGGAAAUGAAUGAAGGUGCUGCAUUUGUAGAUAAACACAGAGACACACUCAUCCAGAGAGAUUUACCAGUAUUGGAAAUCGCAGACACUCUACUGACCAAGAAACUCAUCACACAUGAAAUGUAUAAUGAAAUGAUUGAGGCAAGAACACCACAGAACAAAAUGAGGAUACUGUACAGACAUCUUAACUCAAGAGCUGUGACAGCAGAAUUCUAUAAGAUCCUUAAGGAGAAGCAGCCUGACGUAGUGGAUGAGCUGAAUCCUAGAUAAAAUAAUGCAUAGAUGAUCCUCAGAGGAGACUUUUACACACCAUGAAAUGUGAAUUAAAGUUAAGAUCCAAGCACAUGCUCAUUUCAUGGAUGAACUUUUGGUGGAAGAAUUCAAAAGAACACAAGCAAAUAUUUAUUGAUUUCUACAAUUAAGUUAGACCCAUGGCACACCAUCUAAAUUUUAUACAAUUUUAUAUAAAAAUAUGUCAUCCAAACAUUUUUGUGAAACCUUUCCUUUACUUGGUGCUUUGUAUUUUGUAUUUUUUGUAAUAUAUACAGGGGCAUUGAUGAACAUUUAACUGAUAUGUAGAUCUGCAGUAAGUCCAAAAUAGACAUCUGAAAAUCCUAAAUAAAAUAUCUGCAGUUAGUUAUAAAAUUAUAUUUUUUAUCUAUGUCUGUAAGAUUUUACUCAAGCAUGCCAUGGUUCCACAAUUUCUUUUCAAUAGCACUGUUACAGUAAAUACACUAGACAGCUAGCAAUCACAAGCUUUGUAGUCAAGUAUCAGUGUUUUAAAUAUAAUGUGGGCAGUUACUGGAUAUCAGUGGAGGGAGUCAACAAUGGGGUGGUGUGGGAGAACUUCAGACGGUUGAAAACGUGUUGAAGAUCUGCAUUUUGGAUCGUUUGUAGAGUAAAUUUUUUAAAUCGUAGUGUAUGUUUUUAAAGCAGUUUCCAAUCUAAUACUCACUUUACAUUCUUUCAUAUCAUGUUCAUGUUUUUAAAAUAAUAAUAAAAAGUUUUAAUUUAAUACACAUCAUUUCCUUGCAUUUGGCCUGUAUGUUCAUUUCAUCAUUUCAUGUUCUGUUUUCCCAUUCUGCUUUUUGUCUUGUCUUUUAGAAUCAAGCUGAUGGUAGUAAUAUGGUAUUAUUUAGUAUUAUUGUUGUUCUGCCAAUGUAGAGUCUGAAUUUGAACAGACUUGCAGAGGGCAGAAUUUACUGUUCGGGAUUUUUUUUUUUUCUCCUCCAAACAGAUAUCACUGCCACUUGAUUGCUGAUUUGUGUGUGUAAAAUAAGCCUGAAUUAAAUAAAUAUGUUUAAUGCUAAUUUAUGAGAGAAAAUGUCAUUCUCUGUGUAGCCAUUUCUCAUAUAAUUUGUGUUCUCAUAUGAAAAUGUGCUUAAAUUAAAUGUGUUGAAUGUAAAUUGGCAUUUGCCCACUAUCCAUUGCAUGUACAUGCUUGAAGAAGCCCAAAAGGCAUAAAC